CUGUGUUCACUUCAUUGGUUUGUUUACCCUAAAAAAAAAAACAUGUAAAAUUUUCCUACAUAAAGCUUGAUGCCAGCCAGAGCCCACACCGUGUGUCUCUGAAACCUCUCUUUUUGGCCUUUAUUGAGGCGAUGAAAUGAAAUAAUAAUGCUCUUACCCACCAAGCCAUUCCAUUCAUUCAUCACAAACUACUCAUUUUGGUGAGUCUUUUCUUUGUUUUUUUUGAGGCAUCUGAAAAUGGUAGAAAAUCUUGACUUUGCAGACUCAAAUCUUUUGUGCCCUGAGACCACUAGUGAUUUCGAUUGUAGUUCAGUCAUGGUUGAUGACCCCCAUAGCAAUCCAAAUUUCAUUGAAAACUCAAAGUUUAACUAUAUUAGAUCCGAUUUCUUGAUGGGUUUUCCUUUACUGAAUGAUGAGAGUUUUAGAGAAAUGGUUGAGAAAGAGAGAGACUAUAUGCCUAAAGAUGAUUAUCUGGAGAGAUUCCGUAGUGGGGCUCUGGACUUGAGUAUUAGAAAAGAGGCUCUUGAUUGGAUUAUCAAGGCUAGUCAACAUUUCAGAUUUGGACCAUUGAGUGUUUGCCUCUCUAUGAACUACUUCGAUCGUUUCCUAUCAGUUUAUGAACUUCCUAUGGAUAAAAAUUGGACUGUGCAAUUGUUGGCUGUAGCUUGCUUAUCACUGGCAACCAAAAUCGAAGAGACUGAAGUGCCUCAAUUAAUAGAAUUGCAGGUGGGUGAACCCAAGUUUGUGUUUGAAGCUAAAACCAUACAGAGAAUGGAGCUCCUAGUUUUGAGUUCAUUGAAAUGGAGAAUGCAAAGUUUUACUCCAUUUUCCUUCAUUGAUUACUAUCUGAGUAAGAUCAAUGAGGACAAAAAUCUUUCUACAACUUUCUUCUCAAAAUCAUCAGAGCUGAUAUUAAGCAUCAUUAAAGGUGUUGACUUUUUGGAGUUCAGUCCUUCAGAAAUUUCUGCAGCAGUGGCUAUCUCUGUGUCAACAGAUAUGCAACCAAAAGAAAUUGAUAAGGCCAUGUCUGUGUGUUGCUACAUACAUGUAGAAAAGGAAAAAGUGUUGAAAUGUGUUGAACUUAUUGAAGAUUUGUCAUUGAUUAGUGGUGUUGAGACAGAGAUUGUGCCUCAGAGCCCAGAUGGGGUGCUGGAUGCAGCAUGCUUGAGCUAUAAGAGCGAAGAAUUGACAGUUGGGUCAUGUGCAAAUUCUUCACCAAACAUUAUUAUAAUUAGUCCGGAGGUUAAAAGGAGGAGACAAGAUAGACCAUCAAAUUCUCAAGAGGAUUAAAGUGUCGUCACAUUUAAGUUGGUCUCAAGUCCAAUCAAUGUGGUUUUGGUUGAAUGAGAGUUUUGGUGUGGUUUGUGAAGCUGCCCCAGUAGAAACUCAACACACAAGAGAGAGUUAGAAAUAGAGAGUUUUCAAUAAAUCAAUCAAGGUGAAAAUUAGUUUCAAGAGGGUUUAAUUUUCAUGCUUAGAGCAUGAAAAGAAAGCUGUUUAUAGUUGCAAUUAUCAACAGCUAUAGGUUUCAGAAGAGGUUGGUUCACCAAUGUGUUUUGCUUACUAAAAAACAUAAUAUAUAUUUUUAUUGUAGUUCCUAUUUCAUAUAUGAAAAAAGAAAAGGUGAACGCAGAGGGGAAAUAA